AUGUUUUCUAGUAUAAAUAAACUUCUAUUAAGAAGGUCACACAUAUAUACACCUUCAGCAAUCAUUAAAUCAAUACCUACAUUUUCACAAUUUUCUACAUCAUCAGUUAUAAAUCAAGAGUCAACAUCUACAAUACAACAACAACAACAACAACAACAACAAACUUCAAGAUACGGUAAAAAACCAAUUACAAAAUCUACAUCUUCAUCAUUAAAGAAAAAUGAGAAAAUAGUUGGAUGGAAACUUUAUGGACUUUUCAAUAGACAUAAUACUAGAUGUACAUUAGUUUCAAUAGUUGAAGAUCAAGAUUUUCUUGAAAAAAAUAAGGAUUUAAGUUAUAAUGAAAAAGUUCUUUAUUAUUUACAAUUACCACAUAAAGUAAAAUAUACUAUAUCUGCUGGACAAUUAGGUUUUAGAAAAACUCAAAGACAAGAAUAUGAAGCUGGAUUUCAAGUAGCUGCUAAAAUGUUUAAAACAAUUGAAGAAAAACAAUGGAUUGGACCAACUGAUAAAAUUGAAUUAAUAUUAAAAAAUUUUGGUAAAGGUAGAGAAGCAUUCAAAAGUGCAUUAUUAGGUAAAGAAGGGUAUGGGAUCAAAAAUAAUAUAACUAGAAUCUCUGAUGCUACUUCUAUUAAAUUUGGAGGUGUUAGAUCAAAGAGAACUAGACGUUUAUAGGAGAAUAAUAUACUUGUACAUACUUAAAUCUAGUCUAUUCUUAUCGUUAUAACUUUACCAAAUAGCCCUAGGUUUAGUCACAUGAUUUGCAGCUAGUGUAUAAUUUUUCAAAGUGGUAGCGUUUCGUUUAGUACUGUGCGAAAAUUAAUGAAACAAAAUUAUAGGUACUGAAAUUUUUUAUAUCGAAUUUUAUCAACCAUAAUAUUACAUUGACAAUGGCUCGUAUGUUAACAGAAGAUAACUACAUUUAAAUCGAAUAGAAUGAACAAGAGAUAAACUAUACAAGAGAUGAGAUAUUACGUUUGAAAAUAGUUAAUUAUAUUGAAAGAUCCACUACAAAUUAUAAUUUUCACCAUGGGAAAUAUCACGAUGAGACAAAGAUCAAAUACAAAUCAUAAAAGAAACCAUGAUUAUUUUAAUUUAUUUUGAAUUGAAAGAGGUCAUCUUCAUCUAUUUUGUUCAUUUCAAGUGUGGAGUUUUUCAAAAUUUUAUACUAACAUUUUUUUAGCAACUACUAAAGCUUCAGCUGCUAAAAAAGCUACUUUAAAAGGUGUUAAUGGUAAAAAAGUCACUAAAGUUAGAACAUCAACUACUUUUAGAUUACCAAAAACUUUAAAAUUAUCAAGAUCACCAAAAUAUCAAAGAAAAUCUAUUCCACAUUAUAAUAGAUUAGAUGCUUAUAAAAUCAUUGUUGCUCCUAUUGCAACUGAAACAGCUAUGAAAAAAGUUGAAGAUGGUAAUACUUUAGUUUUUCAAGUUGAUAUUAAAGCAAAUAAACAUCAAAUUAAAUCUGCUAUAAAAGAAUUAUACGAUGUUGAAGCUGAAUAUGUUAAUACUUUAAUUAGACCAAAUGGUACUAAAAAAGCUUAUAUUAGAUUAACUGCUGAUCAUGAUGCUUUAGACGUUGCAAACAGAAUUGGAUACAUUUAA